CGCCGCCGCCCCCGCCCCCCGUCACUAGGCGAUGCUGCAGCCAAGAUGGCGGCGGGCGCCGAGUGAGGGCGAGCGGCGGCAGCGGCUCCGCUCCCGGCGCUCUCCCCGCCUCGGGCAGGGGGAGGCGGAGGGAUGAGGCGCGUCCCCGGUCCCGGCCGGUCGUCGUGAGGGGCGCGGGCCGGUAGACACCAUGGCGGGGAUCAUCAAGAAGCAGAUCCUGAAGCAUCUCUCCAGCGAUCCCAGCUGGCUCUGGUGGAGAUUGGUUUGCUGCGAAUAUCCUUACUACCAAAAUGAGUACCAGAAGCUUCUCAGAAGCCGUGGCAACUGACCACUUGCUUUCACCAGGAAUAGGGGCCUUUUGUCUGAAUACCUUGCCCUCAGGUUCACCAAAAAUCUGUCACCUGACAAGAUCAACCUGAGCACACUAAAGGGGGAAGGUCAGCUGACCAAUUUAGAGCUGGAUCAAGAGGUGCUUCAGAACAUGCUGGAUCUUCCAACAUGGCUUGCUAUAAACAAGGUCUUUUGCAAUAAGGCAUCCAUCAGGAUACCAUGGACAAAAUUGAAAACGCAUCCCAUCUGUUUGUCCUUGGAUAAAGUUGUGAUGGAAAUGAGCACAUGUGAAGAGCCACGUGCCCCUAAUGGACCCUCUCCUAUAGCAACUGCAUCCGGACAGAGUGAAUAUGGCUUUGCUGAAAAAGUGGUAGAAGGCAUUUCGGUUUCUGUGAACUCCAUUGUAAUAAGGAUUGGUGCAAAAGCCUUUAAUGCUUCAUUUGAACUUUCCCAGCUGAGAAUAUAUAGUGUAAAUGCAAACUGGGAACAUGCUGACCUCAGAUUUACCAGAAUACAAGAAGCUCAACGUGGAGAGGUUUUGACUUUUAAAGAAAUCAACUGGCAGAUGAUCCGAAUAGAAGCAGAUGCAAUCCAGAGUUCUAAGCAUGAAAUCAUGAGUGCUCCAGUUCGACUGAUUACUAACCAAUCAAAAAUUAGGGUCACACUUAAAAGAAGGUUAAAGGAUUGUAAUGUAGUGGCAUCAAAGCUGGUUUUGAUUCUGGAUGAUUUGCUCUGGGUUUUGACUGAUUCCCAGUUGAAAGCCAUGGUGCAGUAUGCCAAAUCUCUUAGUGAAGCCAUAGAGAAGUCAACGGAACAGAGAAAAAGCUUGGCUUCUGAAACGGCUUCUGAAACAGCACAGAGCUCUGCCCCAGCACCCAGCUCUCAGCAGGUGAAAGCACACCAGACAACAGCAGCACCUGAUCAAAACGACGCAAUAGUAAAAUUGUUUAAUGAUUUUGAUGUUAAAGAAACUUCUCAUCACUUAGUAAUUUCCCAUUUGGACCUACAUAUAUGUGAUGAUAUCCAUUCUAAAGAAAAAGAUUCAAAUAGACGUGUUACAGGAGGGGCCAUGCAGCUUUCCUUCAGCUAUUUAACAGUGGACUAUUAUCCAUUUCACAAAGCAGGAGACAGCUGCGAUCACUGGAUGCAUUAUAGUGAUGCCACUAAAACCAGAAGUGGAUGGGCCAAAGAAUUACUAAAUGAAUUCAAAAGCAACGUUGAAUUGCUUAAGCAGGCUGUGAAGGACCAGGUCAUAGAUUCUCCUCCCAAAUCACUGCCUGCUGUUUCUUCUCAGAACCUACAAACAGGCAAGGAACAGAUACCGAAAGGAACAUCUAGGGCUUCCUCUGUAUCUUCCCAACAACCAAAGGGCAAACUGAUGUCUAGUCCUAUUGUGGUUAGACUUGCAGAUUUCAAUAUAUAUCAGGUUUCAACAGCGGACCAGUGUCGUUCUUCCCCUAAAGCUCUGAUCUCUUGCAAUAAAAAGUCGCUUUAUCUUCCACCAGAAAUGCCAGCUAUUCAUAUUGAAUUCACUGAAUAUUACUACCCAGAUGGAAAGGACUUUCCUAUUCCAUGUCCGAAUUUGUAUGGCCAGCUGAAUGCUUUACAGUUCACCCUGGAUGAGAGGAGUAUUCUUUGGCUAAAUCAGUUUGUGUUGGAUUUGAAACAGAGUCUUAUUCAGUUCAUGGCCAUGUACAAGUUAAACGACAAUUCAAAAUCAGAUGAACAUGUUGACAUUAGAGUUGAUGGACUAAUGUUAAAGUUCAUUGUCCCAUCUGAAAACAAACCUGAAAUUCAUAGAGAUCAACCUCGCGCACUUUCCAUUCAAAGUUCAGAGAUGAUUGCUACGAAUACAAGAUACUCGCCAAACUGCAGACACUCUGAUCUAGAAGCGUUGUUUCAGAACUUCAAAGACUGUGAAUUUUUCAGUAGAACUUUCACCACUUUUCCUAAAUCCCAGAAGAAUUUUAAUCUUUUGCAUCCAAUCUUCCAGAGACAUGCUCAUGAACAAGAUACUAAAAUGCACGAUGUUUAUAAAGGUUAUAUCAUCCCAAAAUUGAAUAAAUACGCAUUAAAGACAUCUGCAGCUACUGAUGUUUGGGCCUUGCAUUUUUCCCAGUUUUGGAUAGAUUACGAAGGAACAAAAAGUGGGAAAGGCCGACCAAUAAGCUUUGUGGACUCAUUCCCGCUUUCACUUUGGAUUUGCCAGCCAGUAAGAUUUGCCAAGUCGCAAAAAGAGCUUUUAUCACAUAAUCAGACAGCUUUGAACAUUCCAAAAAGUGAAUCUAGUGAUCUUGCUAAUAGACUCCAACGUAAAAAACUUCUAAAGGAAUAUUACAGCAGUGAGACGGAGCCCUUGACUAAUGGCAUUCAAAUGUCAGACGCUUCAGGAGUGCUUUCUGAAAGCUCUUCUGAUGCAGAUGUACAUGUUCUUGUCCACGUUCAAAAACACGUAAGCGUGCAGAUCAACCAUUACCAGUAUCUUUUUUUGCUGUUUCUUCAUGAAUCUCUUGUAUUGCUCCUGGAAAACUUAAGGAAUGAUGUAGAAGCAGUGACAGGAAAACCUGCAAAGCAAACGGAUGUCUGCAUUGGGAUCCUACUGAAAAGUGCAGAAAUAGCCUUACUGCUCCAUCCAGUGACUCAGGGAAACCCUUGUAAGUCUCCAGUUGCGGAAGAAGGAAGUCCCGUGGCAUCAGAACUUUCCCCUUUGGGAAAUGGGGAAGCUCUUACUUCAGAGAGUAAAUUAGUUGGCAAUAAGAUAGUGCAAGCUGAUAUUACUAAUUUUGAUUAUGUAAAUGACUGCAAGCCUCUGAAUGCUGAAGUUAAUAAAGGAAUUUUAAUGGACCCUCUUUUGUGUAAAUCGGACAGUAAUAUGGAUUUUCAGAAAGGAACGUCAUUUUCAGAUGAUGCAUCAGAUAAAGGUUUGGGAGAUACGAGUGAAGGAGGAAGCAGUGGGCUUUUUAGUAGAAGUGAUUCAGAGGAGGUCUGUGGACCUUUAAGUGAGAAAAGUAGCUUGCAUCCUCGGGAUUCAGCAUCCAUUUUAAAUAAGAGAGAAGAUUCUACUGAAUUUUUCAUUGAUAAAGAGGAUGACAAAACCAUAUUCUCAAAUAAGUUAAAUGAACAGGAAGGCACAACUGAAGGCUGUCCUAACCAAGUCACUGACUUGGAAACAGAAACUGCCUUAGAACCUGAAGAGCUUGAAAUCAACAAAGAGAAAGUGACUUCAGUUAGAGUGUUUGCAUCCCACUCUUCAUCAAGUGCAAAGCCUAAGGAACGCUGCCCGUCCACCCUCCCUACGUUCUCUGUUUCUUACAAGAAUAUGAAGAGAAGUCCAUCACAAGUCUCUCUGGAUACCAUCUCUAUCGAUAGUAUGAUGCUAGAGGAUCAUUUGAUAGAGAGUGACGGAAGUGACAGCCAAAGCUUUCUGGAGAAAGGUAUUACAGCCACAAACUGUCAAAGCCCAUCAGAAAAUGCCCAUGAAGGAGGCACAGUGAUUGAAAAUUGUGAUGGGUCAUCUCCAGAUGCCAUGAGCGCUGCUUCAGAGAAUGCCCAUGAGACUAGUGAAGAAAUGAUGUCUGUUGUGGUUUUCCAAAUAUUUGGUGUUAAUGGUGAAAUUGACAUCAGAGGUGACGACACAGAAAUAUGCCUGCAGGUCAAGCAAGUGAUACCAAAUCAGUUGGGAAAUAUCAGUGUUCGACACUAUCUUUGCAACAGAACUGUUGGUUCCGACUGUAAAACUGUGGCUGGACCAGUUAAUUCAUCACCUGAGAUAAGUUUGAGAUGGGAAAGUGGGCCUAGUGCUGUCACACAUUCUCUGCUGGCUGUGAAAAAUGGUUUUCUUCAGUGUCAUGUAGAGAACUUCAGUGCUGAAUUUCUAACGUCUUCCCUCACAAACAUUCAGCAUUUUCUGGAAGAUGAAACUGUCGCAGAAGUGAUGCCUAUGAAGAUAAAAGUUUCUAAUGCAAGGAUUAAUUUAAAAGAUGACAGUCCAUGUGAAAAUCUCAAGGCAUCUGAGCUGGUACCCAUAAAACUACAUAUUGACAUACUUUGGAUAGAAAGAAACGAUGAUGGCACUUUUCUCAUUAGAGACAAUCAGCGAGUAAAUGAUGUGUCAAAGAUGAAGAAUUCCAGUAGUGCGUUGCAGCAAGCAACUGGACCUGGUGGACAUAAAACACAGGAUCAAGCCACGCAGACUACUUGUGAAAUUCCCAGACCUCCUAAAUCAAGCAGGGAUUCAGCUGACUUCAUUGAAAACAAGCUUAUUGAAGAAAAUGAAUGUCUCAAACAGGAACUAGCCAAAGCCAAAAUGGCACUUGCCGAGGUGCAAAUGGAAAAAGAUGCCCUGCUUCAUCGUAUGAAGAAGAUGAAUGUCGAUCAUCAGUAGGACGGUGUUCUGUUGGUGCGAGGCAUCAUCAACAGAACUUCAGGUGACGGUGGCAUCUCAAAUGCUGUUUGUGAAUCAGUGGAAGACACGGUUAUUUUUUUGGUCACAAAGUUUACUCAUUGCGAACAAAAUGUUUAUAAACUAGUUACUAUUCUGAAAUUGUCAUUAAACAUUGUAACUUUUUUCAGCCCAUUUUAAACUGAAAUGACUUUGGAAAAAUCAGUUUAUACUGUACUUCAUUAAUUUACUGAAGGAAAAAAAUCAUAUCAUCUACUUUUAAUAUUAUCAAAGGAGAUGUUAUUUUUAAAAUGUUUUCGGAGAAGUGGAUGGCUCAGCGAUGAAAGAAUGUGCCUAGGUGCGUAACUGAGUAAAGUGUACUACACCUCAUUAACAAACUGUACCUCUGCUUGUUACGGUUAUGUUGUUUUAUUACUGCCGGAAGGUAUCUAUACAGGAGGUUACAUUUGCACUAUGAUGAUAUGGGCUAGAUCCUCUAGAAUAGUAUGGCUACUGAAAACUAAAAUACCAGCCCUAAACUGGCCCUAAAUUCAGUGUAAUUUGCCCAGAGAGGAUUUUAAGAAUAAUCCUCUGGUGCUAUACAGUUCCAUACACCCUUUCCAUACGCACUCCUGAAAUACCGCAGUAAAUGCUGGAGAAUUCAAGUAAGAGGGCAUGCUACUGGGCUUUCCUUCUGCAUGAAGGCCCACUGUAUCUGUACAGCUGAUGUAAUUUUAGACGAUCACAGUUUGUUUGGGUUUUUUUACCCCUCUCUCUCUCUGUGAUGAGGAUAUAGCCCUGCCAUAGGACCCGUCCCUUUGUGAAAGGUGAGCUUUGAGCCAUUGUGCGUGCGUGUCUGAUUUCUGCACAACUCGUCAGACAUGCCCAAGGAUUUGGUCCAAUGUAUUUAAAUAUGUAAUGUCAGUGCUUGUGGGGCGGGGGAAGGGGGAGGGGGAGAAAUCCUACGGGGAUUCAUGAAUUGUAUAUUGCUUUUUUUGAUAAAAAAAGCUGUAGAGAAUCGUUUAAUUACCCAAUGAAAUUGUGAGAUUACAUGAAAUGUAAUUAUACAGUUUAAAUCAUGGGUGAUUUGUACAAAUUGAACAAUAGUUUUCAGCUAAAACCUGGUACAGAUGAAUAAAUAAAAAAGCACAACACUGUAAAAUAGAGAAUAUAAGAGUGUGCUUUUAAACCAUUUAGGAAACAACAUACAAAACCAUGCAGGCCUGUAAGAGAUUGUUUUUGCUAGAGGUAAAAAUGAAUGAAUAAUUUAACUAGUGACCUUGAAUCUGACAACUGAAAAUCUUUUAAUUGCUACCACAAUUGUUUCUGCUCCAUGGGAUGUUUGAGGGAAGUUUUGUUUGUAGAUACGCAGACAGAUCUCAAAAAGUAUCUAGUAUCCUGUUGUUUGACUUUGCAUAUUCAGGCUGUCAAACUAGUUUUAAUUAAAAUGGUUUUCAUUAAAACUUUUUGGAGGACACAUAAUUUUCACUGCUGAAAAUAGUUAUUGAAAGUACAUAGAUUUUAAUCAAGAGCUCUAUGGAAGAACUGGUUCAGGCACUAUUUUAAAGCCUGCCUUAGGAAACCCUAGCUGAAACUCCCUUUAAUGCCCAUGGAAAUUUUUGAUCUUAUUAUUCUGAAGAAGAUGAAAAAAUAUACACACAAAUGUUUCUAAUAGAGAAACUAAAUAUUUCUAUUUCAAAAGGUAUUUAAGAAACACAGUAUUAAGUAAGAGAAGUCCAAUUUCACACAAAUAUCGUGUCAGAUUCAGGGGAGGAGCUCUCAACUGGUUUAAUUCUCGUUGGUACUGUUAAAGUCGGUAAUUCUUACUCAGUUUAUCCCUGCCAAGAUCUAGUUAGAAUUAUUCUGAAGAAAGGAAUGUAUAGACUGCUUAGUAGCGUGUGGCUGGAAUAAUACAUUGAGAACUGUCUAAUUUUUAAAAAGAAAUAAACAGUAAUAUCAAAUGCCUGUCCUUAUUACUGUACAAGCUAGUACCUGCUUCUUUUGGCAAAAAUCAAACACAAACCAAACCCGAAACCAGCUUUUCUCAGUACAGAUGUUGAAAUUUAGGGUGUCACUUUCUUGCACUUCAUUAUAAUGGAAAACAUUUCUACUUCCUGGCAGUUCCGCAGUGAUGAGCAACAUCAGUGGACAGUUUAGAAGAGAUGGGUGUGCGUGGUUGUGGACUUGACAUUACUGAGAGUGAAGGUCCUGUGUCACUCUGAAAUCACUUUUGCUAUUGAAAAAGUGCGGAGGGAGAGGUAGUUUAUUAAAGUUUGAAAGUACAAAGUUAAACUAAGCCUUAAUAGGUUAUACUAAAAAUAGCAAUUAAAGGCCUCAGAUUAAAUAAAAAGGCUUAAUUCAUUCUCGGCUCUGCUAGUGCUCAUAACCUCCUUGAAUCCUAGGUAUGAAAAUCUGUAGCGUCAGUAGAGCCUCUUGAAUGAAUCACCGCUUUUAUUCUGCAAAGAACCAAAUGGAACAGUGUUUGGAGACCUUCAAUGGAUACAGAAAACUGAUUCCAGGAGUUGUGCAGGCAGACCAUUACCAAGUUUUAUUUCAUGUUUGCUGUGGAAAUUUAAACUGGUCUACAGAGUAGCUUAACGCUCAUUCGGCUUGUUUACAAGUACUGUUUUCAUGUCUAUUAAAGCUUUCAAUUUAGCUCACGGCGAAGAGGCUGUGCCCUUUCCCAGGCUAGGUCAUCGAAUCUUUCUGGCAUGCACUGUUCCAGUUCUCACGGUAACUUGUAAUAUUGUUGGUAAGCACCAAUUUUAAAUCAAAAUUAUGUGCCCUUACAGAAUUACUUACGAAAGGCCUGUUGGAGCGGCAGCUUCAUGGAGAUGAUGCCUGUUCUCUGAUGUCCCUGCUCCAGCUUUAUGGCGGUAGCUAUUCCAGUUCCUGGAUUAAACCCACCGUGGCUGCUGGAGCUGGGGGCCAUGGUACUGGCUGGGAGGGAACUGCUUUUUUUGUUUUGUUUUUUUUUUUCCUGCCAAAGUCCUUUAUUUCCUGGUCCCAUUUGCCAUGUUUGUUUGUGCACUGUCUCCUCUAGGAACUGACCUGGAGUCUUAAAUGGGGAUCAUAAUUAAUCUCUAAGGGAUAAUUGCUAACUACAGAAUACUUCCUAAAUCUGACAUGGUAAUGGUUACCUUUGUUCAUAAUGAGUUCAUAAUAAAUGUAAGGGGAACGUAAUAAUAAAGGUAAAGACUUUUUUACCAAGCAUCUACAAUUCCAAGAGCACAAAAUGUGCGAAUGUAUUGCAGAAGCAAACUCCUUGCAAUGACCAGAUUUCAGGUAAGUAAUGAUGGAGAAAAUAGUUUCUAUAUAAAAAACGUGCUUGUGUUCGUCUGAUUCUUAAAACAUUCAUCACAAAAUGCUUGAAGUAGAUUUUUCAGCUCAUUGUUGCUAUCUGCAAAUUUUAGGGAGUACUUCAGAUUCUGAUUCAGCUGUUGAUAGAAAUCAGUGUCUCUUUAUCUGUUGUAGGAGCAGAAAAUGACCUUGCUAGUAUGUUAAGCAGCGAUGGAGCUGUGGGCACUUGCUGUGAAAUCCACUAAUUCAUUCCUCCCAGUAGGAAAAUGAGGUUUUUGACAGCCCUGCAACACCUUAUCUUUUUUUUUUUUUUUUUAUUUUUCCUUCCAAAUGUGCCACUUUAGUUUUGCCGACUACCUUUUGAAUAGCAGCCCCGUUUCCUCUGCCUCAGCCGAGACACCUAUCACUGUGAACCUGGUAGCAGGCUUUCUAACGCUGAAACACAUCUCCUGUAUGGAGGCAAACACGUGGCUUGGAAUGGUGCAGGCAGCCUGCGCUAACGCUGCACUCGAUGCAGUUUUGUGCUAUAGUGUACCUCCUCAUCUUGUAUUACUGAUUAACGACACGGAGUCUGAAAGCGAGAGCAGCACUAAGAUCCUCUUCAUCAGUACUAAGGGGAUGCAAAAAACGUAUAGUGAAAGGCUAGGAAUAGUGGUCUUGUGCUGGAGGAACAAAGCUCUUGUUUCUCAAUCAAAUUAAGGAAAAAUAUAAAUCUUAAUAAUAAAUAGAAGCUGCGUAGUUACAGUUCUUUCUAUGCAUUUUUUAGCAUUCUUCUAUAGAAACUUAAAAUUUAAAACCUCGCAUUUCUAAAAUUAUUUUCUCUUUGAAAUUUUUUAGUGAAUUUUUUAAAUUCGAUGGUCUCCUCAUUACAUGUAGAGGGCCAGACCUGCUGUCACUUCAGUGAAGUAAUUAUGGAUUUAUACAAGUUUCAAUCAGUUUGAACUUCAUGAGUGUAAGCAAGGGUUAGACAUUGUAUCUCUGAAUUGUCUGGUUACUAAUUAAAAUCUGCUUAUUGACUUGUGUAUUUUGGAUAUAAGAAAUCAGAACAAUUUUAAUAAAGGUAUUUUUGGAACUUUAACAUUUUAAAAACAUUUCUGCAACUUGCAGCUUUUCAAAUACUAUAGAAUGUCUCGCAAGUACAUGUCGCGCUACUUGCUAGCUGAAACAAGUUGCAGGAAGUGAAUCUUUAAAGGACAACUAAACUCUUGAUAGGCUGCGUGUUCUCUCCCAAAACAAGGGGAAACUUCUGCAUCCCAAAGAGAUGAAUCUCUCACAUUGCCGGCUACUUAAAUGGAUAAAUAUUAACUCUGUUAAAAGAUCAUUUUGGUUUUAUCUGUUAUUGCCCAAGCCGUACCUAACCAGUUACACUAAAGUAUCUGUAUUUUGUUAUUUCUUUGCUAUCUCCUGCCUUUCUUUCUGUUGGGGUCACUCAUUUUAAUAUGAGCAGAAGUGGAGUAUAUGUAUUUCCUAACGCCUUCCCCAUGUAAUCUCAAUAUUAAAUCUUACAUUUUCUAAGAAUUCCUGAAGGGAUCGUUUUGGAAGUAAAAAUAAGAUGCAUCACGACUAGGUAAGAAACUAUUGAAAAUGCGGAUUGCUUUAUGAGGUGUAAGAGAUAAGGACUAAUGCUGUAUCUUCUGUGAGAGUAAGCUGGUAGUGCGAGGAGCGUAAUGCAGUUAUGGCUAAUGCAGUUCUUCCAGGUUAGAGUAUGUUUGAAACCACCAUGGUUUGAUUUGAGUUAGAUAAUUGGCAAGUAUUUGAAACAUUUGACAGAGACGCGUGAACAAAGGAGCGCUUCAGAAGUGGUAGUCUGAGCCACUACGCGCUGAAUAAAGGAUAAGCCUCUGAACAACUUAUCUGUGGAACAAAUCUGGAUGUCUUCACAUUGUCUGCAAACCUCAAUACACCACUGUGACGGAAAGUGCAACUGUCAUCAAUACUUUUAUCACAGUGCAAUUAUAUUGUAGUAGUAACUGUUGAGGUUUUUGAGCACUGGAAAAUACUUUUGAGGUGCAAAUUAUCAUAUUGAAAUCUAUAAUGGUUAGUGUUUUACUAAUUAGAAAAACAGUGCUUAACCAGUUCUCGGAAUUACGAAUUUUUUAGCCAUUCUCUUUUUAAACACCAGCAAAACAUGGUGAGCAGGACUCUCCUCAGCUAGCCGCCGCUAGAUGGCAGUCCAAGAAGUCACUUGUGGCUUCAUUUUCUCCUGGGUACCAGUGUGUCUUGUUCCUUGACUCAUCAACAGUCUCAUUAAACUAGAAAAUGUCAGGAUCGAAUUGGCAGUUUUUAUAAAAUUUUGAUGAUUAAUUUCAUAACAUGAUUUUAAAUCAGUCUUUUUCACUUUUAAUUUAAAGAGCUUAUCUAUGUUUCUACUGCCUUCUUUAUGGCAUAUUAACUUUUUCUUCUUUAAAUAAAUCAUUACAAACUGCCUGAACAUUGUUAGAAAACUUUAUUCCUUCUUUUAGGUUUAAAUAAAUUCUAAAAACGUAUUUCUGUACACAUGAUAAACAUUUUACUAUAAAAGGGACAAUAUUUGUAGUGCUGCUUCAUUAUCUGUUAAAAUAAAAAGCUUAGGAAAUUUUUCUGGUUUUCCUGGUGUUGCACUGAUGAACAACUCCAUCUUGAUAUCAUCAGUUUAUCUGUUCAAUUUCCUUG